UUGGCUAUAUAAAAAAAACUGUUUUACAAGGAAUAGAUAAACUUUUCAUGUUCCCACAAAAGACUUAACAAUUAUUUAAGAAAAACUCUGGUAUUAUCAUGUUUAAGAAGUCAAAGUUCACAGUAUUUUAAGCCGAUCAUACUGAUAUGAAGUUAUAUUUAAAGAAUAAUUGCUAGUUAUACAGAAACACGACGAUACUUACACAACGUAUAACUCGUAUCCCUUGUAUUAAAAAGGCUAUGCCAUAACAUUUUGUUUGGUGUUACUUAAACGUUAUUACUGUAAUUUGUGUAGUAAAAAAAUGGCGUUUAUUGUGGAUUUGCGGUCUGAUACCGUCACUAAGCCAACAAAAUCUAUGAUGCACGCAAUGGUAAAUUCUGCUCUUGGAGACGAUGUAUUUGGAGAGGACCCUACUGUAAAUGCUUUGGAGAGUAAAGUAGCAACUUUAUUAGGGAAACAAGCGGCAUUAUUCGUACCCACCGGUACCAUGGCUAAUCUUAUUGCAAUAAUGGUUCAUUGUAAUAAAAGAGGCUCAGAGGCAAUUGUUGGUAAUUUAUCACAUAUUUUCAAAUAUGAACAAGGUGGUGCAGCUCAUGUCGCGGGGGUUCUUUUAAAUACUAUUCAGAACAAACCAGAUGGAACUUUUGACCUGCAAGAGUUGGAAAGCAAAAUUCGAGGUUCGGAUAUUCAUGAGGCAAUCACAUCUUUGAUUGCAAUUGAAAACACUCACAAUGUUUGUGGAGGAAAGGUUUUGCCCCUCCAGUGGAUAGAUGAUCUGUCAGAGAUCUGCAAGAAGCAUGGCAUACCGCUACAUAUGGAUGGAGCGCGACUGCUGAACGCCAGUACGUACUUGGAUGUGCCGGCAGAGCGCAUCGCGCGGAGCUGCGAUAGUGUAUCGUUGUGUUUCAGUAAAGGACUGGCCGCGCCCGCAGGGUCCGCAAUCGUCGGCACCUACCAUUUCAUCAAGCAGGCGCGGCGCGUGCGCAAGAUGCUGGGCGGCGGCAUGCGGCAGGCGGGCGUGCUGGCCGCGCCGUGCGCCGUGGCGCUGGACGACGCCGCGCUGGCGCUCGACCACCGCCGCGCGCGCCGCCUGGCCCACGUUAUCCACGGCCUCUUCCUGAAGACGUUCUCCGUAGAUGUUGAAGGUCAGCACACCAACAUAGUGCUGGUGCGGAUUUCGGAGGACAGUCCCCUGAAUGCUGAUCAAGUGCUGCAGAGGCUGGCUCAAAUAUGUCUGGCGGAAACUCAGGGAAGUUGUAAGACCACUAACGACGAAGGCGUGAUCGUGAAGGCGAUAUGCUUUAAUAACAAAACGCUAAGGUUCACACUUCACCGCGACAUACAGGACGAACAGCUCUGGCUGGCCAUCAUGAAGAUCACUUAUGUGUUCAAAGAGAUGGACGCUGCUCAUCCCGUGAAGUGUUAAAGUAACGACCAGACUUCCAUCCACAUACAUAUACAAAUUAUAUUUCUAUAUAUUAUUGUUGACAGGUAUAUGUCUCUAAAUAUAAUUUUUUUGUAUGUAUAUAUUUUUUCCAAAUGAGAUGUAUGUGAUACAGACUAAAAGUAUUUAUUCUAUGGUAUCAAAUUAUGAAUUAAUUGUUAAAUAAGGAAUGGUUUAUGCCAGAGGUUUUCAAACAUUAACAUCCAAUGCUUGCAGUAGAUACUUGUAAGGUACAAAUCAAAUAUAUCUAGGUCAUUUUCAUACAUUAUGACCUAUUCUUCAAACGAAAUCGACGAUCGCUAUGUGAAUUUGCGCCUUAUAUCAAGACUGAACCUGCAGUAUAUUGGUGUGGUUCCAUAGAAGUAAGUGAAUGACUAGGCCUUUUGCCGAUGAGUUUGGAGACCCUUGACUCUAUUUUAUAUACCUAUACAACUGGUAACAAAUCAAUAUCUUUGUAGAAAUUAUUAUGUGUACUGUUGAAUCUUUGGUCGUUUGUUAUUCUUUUAUAAAUAUUUUAUUAAUUAUGUACAUUAUAUAUGUCAUAUUACAUUGUAUAUGAUCAAGUUGGUGUUAUUUACCUGUAAACUUUCUCAAAUAUAAAUUUGCUCAAUAUUGUUAAGUUGCUGAUUGUAAUACAUAAUUAUUGUUAUAUAAUUGAUAUUUUUGUCAAAGUUGUACUUUGUAUAGGUGAUGUUGUCGUCACGUUUGGCUGUUCUUUUGCUAUUAUAUGACGUGGCCAUUGAAUAAUAUAUCUAACGUAACGUAACGUAAUAUAAGCAUAUAUAACAUUGUAAAAUGUUUAAAUGAGACAUUGCAUAUGGAAUAUUUUAAAAAGCGUUUGUAAUGUUUUUUUUCUAUUAUGGUUUGAUUGCCUUUAUGCUUCGGUUUCAUGUAUUUUUUCUUGAAAGUAUUUUACUCAAUUUAUUUCAUAAACAGUAUAUCCGUAACAGCCUGUGAAUGUCCCACUGCUGGGCUAAAGGCCUCCUCUCCUCUUUUUGAGGAGAAGGUUUGGAGCUUAUUCCACCACGCUGCUCCAAUGCGGGUUGGUAGAAUUCACAUGUGGCAGAACUUCAGUGAAAUUAGACACAUGCAGGUUUCCUCACGAUGUUUUCCUUCACCGUAAAGCAAGAGAUGAAUUAUAAUCACAAAUUAAGCACAUGAAAAUUCAGCGGUGCUUGCUAUGGUUUGAACCCACGAUCAUCGGUUAAGAUUCACGCGUUCUUACCACUAGGCCAUCUCGGCUUCAUAAACAGUAUAUGAAUAUUAUUAAUAAUUAUUUUUAUUAUACAGAUUAUAACUAAAAUGAACAGUGAGCCUAUUUUUGCCAUAGUACUAAUAAAUGAUGAAUGCAAGGUGCAUAUAUUUAACGAAUUGUUAUUGUAAAACAGUAACCGAUCGGUUAUGAGUGUUCUAACAAGUUCUUACAUCUCAUGGUACAUGCGAUUUUGUAUUGUGACGCUUUUUAUUACGGCUCCGUUAUCCGUAAACGAAAUGAAUAGUUUUUUUAUUAGUAAUCGGACGUUUUAGUCAACUUUCAUUUAGGGGUCUAUGGUGUUGACUGCAUAGUUGACGAGAAAUAAAAAUUAAUAUUGUUAACAAAAAAAGUCUUAUGAGAAAAACUUUUAUCUUGUUAUAUACUAUAUUUACAUGACGGUGUAAUUCUUGGUGUAUUAAUCAGUUUUUAAAUAUACUUCAUAUUAAAAAAAAAUAUGU